UAUGGUAAUAUUGGAUACAAGAUAUUCUUCUAUAAGGCGCCCAACAGUUCCCAAUCCCUUCACUCGCGAGCGAACAACAAAUCCAAAGUGAUCAAGAUGCUGUUUGCCGUAUGGAUACUAUUCGUGUUGUGUUGGUCUAAAUGGGUGUCUUAUUGUCUGCAUAGGCUUCCGAUGCAUGUAUUCAUUCUGUUGCUAACAUUCCGUCCGUCUAUUGUGUCAAAUCCGAGUCCAUUUCAAUACUAUCUGUUUGUGGGCUCGUAUUUCAUCAUACAUUGGACAGCAAUGGCCAACUCAUGCAUCAAUCCAUUCAUCUACUGUUUCAUGAGUGCCAACUUUCGGAAAGAUUUCGUCGAUUUGAAGAAACUAUUGUAUAGAAAGCUAUUUAUGUUGACGACAGUCAACACCGGCAUCAGUGAUGAGCUUUAA